ACUACGUACAUCGUCGAAAGUAGAGUUUCAUUCAUCUAAUUUUAAAUAUUUAAAAGUUUCUUAUUUUAGGGCUGGAUUAGCCGAGUUCCGCGUUUUAGAUGUUUCUAACUGAUUUAACCCUUAAUGUUUUUGGUACGCUAACUAUAUUUGAAUUGAAGCGUUGGAAUUAUAUUUCAAACACUUUCGGCAAUGAACGUUAGUAGGUCACGUAACGUCACAUUGAUGCGAUGCUGUUUGGCUGAACUGGUGUGUUUAGUUUCCUAUAUGUUUCCUAUUUUCGUUUCAUUUCAAAGAAAUUCUACUUUUACGAUACGAAAAAAGCUAUUUAAAUGUCCUAUUGCUUUAUGAAGAAUGGGAAAAUAUCCAAUUAUAAAAUUUCAUCGCUUUAGAAAUCAAACAGAUAUGACCUCACCACAACCGCUUUCAUCUAUAUAUAUGUAUUAGGUAAUUACUUUAAAAUUAUGAUACCCACAAAAUAUUAGCGAUUGAGAAAAACGUCGAUCUGGUAACACUUGAAUUGAAAUAUUUUAUAUUACGGUAUGAUUCAUUAUCUUUGAGUUGUGUUAGAAAAGCAAAGUUGUGAAAAGAAUUCAAUCUAUUGUUUUAUUUAACAAUUUAUUACAUAUAAUAAUCUGAUGGAAAAUUGUUGUGGCGGAGAAUUACGAAGUGAGUCGCCAGUUAGAAUGCUGAACGCCAUCAUCGACUCCAAGAUUAUAAGUGUUGAAGUUUUCACAGCAGCUGUGGGUAUUUUGUUUUUGGUGGUUUUGCUUAAGAACAAAUUUUGUAAUUUUUGCGGGACUUGACAGGAGGGAGCUCUCGGUUACUCGUUUAUUGGAAUUAUGUGUUAUAUGAAUAUUAAUGUACAUUCAGAAAUUAGAAAGAUACUUUUUAUUAUAGUCUUAAUAUAUACUUUAGGAUACAUACUAUUGUGAAUCCAUAUAGAAAUUUUGUAAAUAAAGUCGAAACUACUAAUAAUAUAAUUAUAUGCAUACGUACAUAUUAUCUGUAUAUAAUGAGCUAUUGCUAAUUUUAUUGUAUUUGUUCCGUUAAUGGUAAGCAUUACGCUAAAAAAUAUAUGACAUUUAAUCGUGGAUUUAAGGGCCAGAAACAAUUAGAUAAUAUGUGGAAAUUUUUUUUAAUACUGUAAAAUUCACAUAACAUCAUAAUAUUCUGCAACUCCAUUUAUAUCUGCAUUGAAGUGUUUUGAUAUGUUUUAUAAAAAAAUGACUAGUGAGGAAUAAAUAAUGUCUGCGCGAAGUAUAUGGACAGCGUCGGACAAAUAGGUAGAGCGGCAGAUUUCAAUCGAAUCAAAAGCUAAUUCUGAAUCUAUAGCUAUAACAAACGGUGGCUUUAUUUUAAAUCGCAUUUGGCGUUGCAUGCGUACCCAUAAACUUAAUAUUAAAAGCAUUGCUCUAAUCUUUUUUUUUAUUUUUUAAAAAUAUAUAUUGAAAAUCGGUUAUAAGAUCGUUUAAAGUCGACCACUCAAAAAAAAUUGUAUCAUUAGAGAACGUGAAGUGAGCAUGAAGCUACAACUGUUAUUCAGAGUAAAGGCAUGCUAGAAUUACGCACAGCUCGACAAAUAUAGAUCUGGAUUUAACGCGACUACAUGGUGAUGAUGAACAGUAUUCUAAAGACAAACAUGGAAGACCAACCAAAUUUAUAAUCCCACCGAGCACAGAGAAGUUAUAAACCUUGUAUAUAUUAUAUAUUAAAGUCAUCCUGCUGAAGCAGCAAAGGAGAAUUACUGGGCUUUUAUAUUGGAGGCAGUAAGUUUAUUCAGAUAUGCACCUAGAAGAACUUGAGGUCUAUUCUGAAUACAUCUUUAAAAAUCUUUGUAUAUAUGAUGCAUCACUUUCAUAUAAUAUUUCCCAAUAUUUGCCAUAUUUGGCUUCUACCGGAAAUAUAUGUGAUGCAAGCAAUCGAAAUGUGAACCGAAUGUUUUAAAUCAAAAAAAAAGGGAGAAAAGGUUUUUUUAUAUUAAUAUAAAUAAAAUAAAUUGGUAACAUUGUUGGUGCGGCAAUUUUUCCAUUCGUAACUUCUUCAUCUCAGUGGUUGCGCUGAUCAUAACCCUGUAGAAUUUGUUUAUUAUUAUUAUAGCUCGCCACCGCAUAUGUC